AUGUCCGCCGCGCCGCCGACGCGCCGCAAGUCGUCGCCGCUGCAGAGCCAGCAGGGGGCCCUGUCCUGGCAGCAGGUGCACGUGGCGAUAGUGGCCCUGGGGGAGCCCGCCGCCCGGGAGCAGCUGGAGAUGCUGCACGGCCUGCUGGAGCGGUUUGUGGCUGAGAACGACUGCCCCCGAGACUCCCCCCACCUGCGCGCCACCGGCCCAGACCGGCUCGACCCGCUGGCCGCGCUGCUGGCGCGGCCCGACGUGGCUGCCGCCUCCCCUGCCGCCCGUCUGCUGGCGCUGCGGGCGCUCAAGAUCCUGGCGCGGCGCGGCGACGUGCGCCUGCGCUGCACCCAGCACGUGCUGAACGUGGUGGCGCCGCUGCUCGACGCGGCGGCAGGCGCCCCGCUGGAGCUGGAGCUGGCCAGCGAGGCAGCCAACGCACUCAGCAACCUGUGCUAUGAGCCCAUCAACUGCACCGGCCUGCUCAAGGCGGGGGGCGUGCCGCGGCUGCUCAAGCUGCUGUGCCUGGAGUCAGGCGGCGGCGAGGCGCGGGCCAACGCGGCAGGCGCGCUGCAGACGCUGUGCCUCCAGCCCGAUGCAAGGGCGGCGGUGCUCCAGGCGGGCGGCCCCGCCAGGCUGCUGCACGCCCUGGCAGGCGCCGGCAGCAGCGGCAGCGCCAACGCCGCCGGCGACGCCCAGGCCAGGCUGCAGCAGCGGCUGGCGGGCGCGCUGCACAACCUGUCCAGCGAAGCGGGGGGCGUCGCCGCCUUGCGCCAGCAGGGCGGCAUCCCGCCCGUGGUGGGCCUGCUGGCCUCGCCCCACCCGGGCGUGGCGGCGGCGGCAGCAGGCGCCCUGCAGAACAUGUCUCGCGAGGCACAGGCGCGGGCCGACAUCCGCGCACACCCCGACGCCCUGCCCGGCCUGGUGAUGCUGCUCACCGGCGCCGACACGCAGGCGGCGGUGUGCGCUGCCGGCACGCUGGCCAACCUGGCAGAGGAGGGGUGCAGCAGCGCCGCGCGGCAGGUGCUGACGCAAGCGCUGGCGGGGGCGCUGGCGGGCGGGGCCAUCUAUCACAGUUUAGGGGACGGAGCGAUUGGCACACAGGGCGGCACCUGA